AUGGUGUUCGAGAUGAAGUCUCUCGAGUUCCUCGAGUCUAUCAUCCCCCGAGACUCUAAUACUUGUACCGGGACCGAUCAGUGGUAUGUCUGCACGGCAGGAAACUUUCGUGGGUGCUGCUCAAGUGAUCCGUGUACGACGGGCGUGUGUCCCGAUGACACACUCUCGUUGACCACAGCUGCGAUCAUUGGUUUGUUGCCCAGUGUGACGCCGAGAACCAGCACCACUUCCUCUACGUCCACUUUGUCGAGGUCAACUACCGUCUUGUCAACGGAUCCGUCUACGACCACAUCUCCACCUUCUUCGACAUCCUCCUCUAUUGCUUCAGAAACAUCAGCAGGUUCGGAGACAUCCAACACCGGAAGUGCCCCAUCUUCAAACCUGGGCGCAAUCAUCGGCGGUGUUGUUGGAGGAAUUGCGGUCUUGGUCAUUUGUGCCGUUCUACUUUUCUGUUGCUGUCGCCGCAAGAGAGAAUAUGGGAAACGUGAGAAGGGUUCAACUCUCGUCUCAUGGUACCCUUACGGAUUUACGCGGAAAGAUCGAGCAAAUGCACUCGAAACAAAAGGGGCUCUAUCGCCCUCAGACAGCGAAACAAAUAACUCAUUGAGCGCAGUCUCCCCAUUCGCCAUGGAUAACACACGGGGAAACAUAAACAUCACACCAGACCUAGCAUUGGCGCUAUCCUCAACGAGCCUUACCUCACAGUCUCCCCACAAAACGCCCCCAGUCCCGCCAACCGACAUGCACUCAAACGAGCUCAUCGCUUCAGUCCCUCCCCGCCAAGGAUUUACCCCCGAGCUACCAGACACGUGCUUCUAUCGCCUGCGGGCCGAACUAGCCUCCCACUCCCAGCGCGAGCUAAUUAAUGUACCAAUCGAGCAACGACAGCGCCAGCAGAAUAACACCAACCCAAGGACUAGUCCUCAGGCUUGGGAAUCACCUGCCUCGGCGCCUAUACCUAGUUCACGCGCAAGCUCAGCAAGAGGAACCGGCAACGGCAGCGGCCACAGCCAUAGCAAUAGCAAUGGUAGCAGUUCUGGGAGAAACCAAGCUGGACGGGUCAUCACCGCGGAGGGAGUUGUCCUAGGUGCAAAUCUGGAUCGAUACUCCAAUGGUAUGGAAAUUGGAGACUCGCAGGCCUGCGGGGAAAGGGAAAGGAAGGCUGGGCGUGGUGAGACAGAUCAUGUUAUGAGUUUUAUGCAGUAUGCUGGGAGACCGGAGGAUCGGGGCGGGGGGAACAGGUUUGGAAUCGCAACAAGUGACCAUACUUCCGAUCUCCAGGGACGUGGGAGCAGUGUGUCCAGGUCGAGGCAUAGGCCCGCGGAGCGGAGUUUGGAAGAUGAUAUUGCGGCUGCGGAGGGCGAUGUUGACGUCCCGCCUGCUUAUGAGGCGGAAGAGGGCGCCCCUGGAGACGAAAUUAAGUCCCCGUCUGGGAGGAUGGGUAUCAGUCCAAGAGGGGGAAUUUGA